AUGGCGACGCCUGACAGCGAUCAGGAGUUUCAAGACGCGAUGAAUGCGCUAGGGACUCUGAUAUCUGGCAAAGCAAGAGGGGAUGGUAAGACCUGGAAAGAUGCCUUCGACUAUAUGCAAGUGUAUCUCGAGCGACUGGACUUGGACAAGAGGCUGAGCGACUUGAACGUCGUGCACGUGGCAGGAACAAAGGGCAAGGGCUCCACCUGUGCCAUGGUGGACAGCAUCCUUCGAUCCUGCGGUUACAAGACAGGCCUGUUCACCUCACCACAUCUGUGGGACGUUCGGGAGCGCAUUCAAUUGAAUGGGCAGCCAGUGAGCCGGGAGGUGUUCCUCCGGGAGUUCUGGAAGUGCUACAAGCGGCUGGAGGACCAGGCCGAUGAGAUGGUGGGCAAGGCCGCCUACUUCCGCUUCCUCACACUCCUAGGCCUGCAGACGUUCCUGGCGGAGGAAGUGGAUGUAGCAAUUUUGGAGGUGGGCUUGGGCGGCCGCCUGGACGCCACAAACGUGAUACGGGCGCCCUUCGCGUGCGGCAUAACACCGCUGGGCUACGACCAUAUGGCCGUGCUGGGCCACACGUUGCCGGAGAUCGCGGGGGAGAAGGCCGGCAUCCUCAAGCCCGGCUGCCCCGCGUUCACCGUCCCGCAGCCCGCUGACGCCAUGGCGGUCAUCGAGGCCAAGGCCAAGAGCGUGGGCGCCCCCCUGACGGUGGUUCCAAGCCUGGAGGAGUACGAGGGCGGAGCAGUGCUAGAGCUGGGCCUGGCAGGGCAGCACCAGCGCAGCAACGCAGCCCUGGCAAUCAGCCUGGCGGCUGCCUGGGAGGCGCAGAGGGCCCGGCAGCUGGGCACCAGUGGCGCAGCCGACGCCGCAGCGCAGGCCGAGGCGGCUGAGCGGCGCGCGGCGCUGGUAGCCGGCCGGCAGCUGCCGGCCGAGUACCGUGAGGGCCUGCGCGCCUGCCACUGGCCCGGCAGAGCUCAGCUGGUGGAAGUGCCGAAUGAAGACGUGGGUGACCUCAGCAAUGGGGCUGUUGGGGCUGCCAAGUCGCCGUCACGGCUAUCGUUCUACCUGGAUGGCGCGCACACAGAGGAGAGCAUGGCCACCUGCGCCACAUGGUUCGCGGACGCCGUCGGCACCCCUGGACAGGGCCCGGCCGCCGGCAGCAACGGCGCGGCAGUCGAGACACAGCGGGUCCUCCUGUUCAACUGCCUGCAGGAGCGUGAGCCGCAGCGGCUGCUGCGCCCGCUUACAGAGGUGCUGCGGGAGCGGGGGGUGCCCAUGCACCAGGCGCUGUUUGUGCCGGCCGACUCCUCGUACUCCUCGCUGGGUCCCCGCUCUGGCGCCCUCGAUCUCUCCUGGCAGCAGAGCAUCCAGCGUGCCUGGGAAGAGGCGGUGCGCCAUUUUCCAAGCUUGGCAGCGUUUGGGGCGCAUGGCGCGCAGAGAUCAGUCGUGGCGCCGUCCAUCUCCUCGGCGCUCGACUGGCUUAGGACAUGUGUGCGCGAGAGGCCAAACGUCCGCGUGCAGGUGCUUGUUACAGGAUCCCUAUAUCUUGUGGGAGAUGUGUUGAAGCAUCUCAGCAAGUACUUGUGA